UAUUGCGUUUACGGUAAUUAUCUUCAAGUGAAUUCUAAUUGGAGUGCUUAAAACCUAUCCUUAGUUCAUUUAGUGCAAAUAAUGUCGUUAACGCAGUUAGUUAAACAGCGGGGAACAUUAAAAUGUAAACUAACCAACUUUAAGACGUUCCUAACGCCAUACUUAUCGAUAGCGACGUUAACUGACGUACAGGCCAGUGAAAUUCAGUGCCGUCUUAGUAAGAUUGAGGAAAUGUAUGCAGUGUUUGAUGAAUUACAGGAGCGGAUUGAAGUAGAAUCGGAGACCCCCCGGGAGCAAUAUGUUGAGCGUAUGGAUUUCGAGAACCAGUACUUCGCCAUCCUGGCCAGCGCUCGGGAAUUACUUCGCCAGCGUGGCAAGGUGGAUGCCGAAAGUAAGGUUAUGUCUGAGGCGGGUUCCGGUUCGUGCCAGCAUAAAAAUAAUCUGCUUUGGUGAGAGUCAGCGAUGCCAAGGGUGCUCUGCAUGUCGUCCGCAUCAUGCUGGACAACUGCAGCUCGACCAACUUCAUCAGCGAGAGGCUGCGCAGCAAGCUGCAGCUUCCGGUUUCCUACACGGGCUCCACUGUGACAGGUAUUAACAAUACCUUAUUAUCUAAAAGUAAUCAGUCUUGCAACGUCACCAUAAAAUCAAUGACGGGAGACUUUGAGUUGGAGCUUAGCUGUCGUGUGCUUCCUCACAUAAAGGAUUUGUUACCAAUGUCAUACAUAGACAUUAAGAACCUGCAAAUACCGUCGCAUAUUCAAUUAUGCGAUCCUACUUUCAACAUUCCGUCGGUCAUAGACAUGUUGGUAGGCGCGGAAGUAUUCUGGGAAGUGCUAGGUACUAAUAAAAUCGAUUUAGGGAAGCGUCAACCCAAGCUGUAUGACUCGAAAUUAGGCUGGUUAAUUUCCGGUUCGGUCCUUAAUAACAAUCAAAAUAAUCACAUUCUCUGUCAUGCUUCAGAAUUACUUGACACUGAUAUUGACAAGCAGCUCACGCGUUUCUGGGAGCUCGAUAGUGUAUCGCCAGUACAUAAUUUCACCCCCGAAGAGCGGAUUUGCGAGGAACAUUUUAAUAAAACUACGACGCGGACUGACGAUGGGCGGUUCGUUGUUACCAUGCCACUUAAAGAAUCGCCAGAGAUUCUAGGCGACUCUUAUGAAAUGGCUAAGUGCCGUUUCUUAUCUUUAGAAAAAAGGUUAAAACAUGAUCACGAAUUUAGGCAGAAUUACAACGCGUUCAUGAAUGAAUAUCUCGAAUUAGGUCACAUGUCCUGCACUGCGCGCGAGUCGAGCGACAGCGGCGUAGAGUGUUUUUUGGCGCAUUUUGGGGUGGUAAGGGAGAACAGUCUCACCACUAAAUUAAGGGUUGUUUUUGACGCGUCAGCCCCCACCAAAUCAGGGGUGUCUUUGAACGGAAUACAGAGAGUCGGUCCCACCAUUCAGGAUGACUUAAUUUCAAUUUUAUUAAGAUAUAGGCAACAUAAGUAUGUAAUAUCAGGUGACAUCGAAAAGAUGUACCGUCAGAUGCUAAUUGCACCUGAACAAAGAUGCCUUCAGCAGAUUUUAUGGCGUUUUAAUCCGACCGAUCGUCUUGAGUGUUACUCUCUGAAUACAGUGACAUAUGGCACAGCUUCGGCUGCCUUUCUGGCUUGCCGCUGCUUAAAGCAGUUAGGUUUAGAGGCGUCAGAUUCAGUCAUACAGCAAUCGAUCGUACAUGACUUUUAUGUCGACGAUUACUUGAGCGGCAGCACGAACAUCGAUGAUGCUAUACAGUUGGGAAAGGGAGUAAUCGACACAUUAAAAUCAGGUCAGUUAAAUUUGCGAAAAUUACGGUCUAAUAAUGUUGAAAUAUUGCAAGCGUUACAAGGUCACAUACAAACAAAUAAUUGUUCGCAAAAUAGUGCAAAAGAUAAUUUAAAUAUUCAAAACUUGAGCAUUUCCGUGCCAUCUAAAACAUUAGGGCUAAAUUGGCAAUGUGACACCGAUACCCUUUUCUUUACGAUUAAUUUAAAAACUUGUAACAAUGUCACAAAGCGUCACGUACUUUCGUCAAUCGCGCAGGUAUUUGACCCGAUAGGCUUAGUAGGGCCUUGUGUCUUAGAAGCAAAAAUAUUGCUGCAAAAAUUGUGGCAGGAACCAUGCUCGUGGGAUCAGGAGAUACCGCCCACCCUUAAAGCGCAAUGGGGUAAAUUCGAAACCACUUUACCAUUUCUCAAUGAAAUUAGAGUUCCGCGCUGGGUUUUAGGCGAUUCUAGUGAAGAGAUAGAAUUAAAUAUAUUCACAGAUGCAUCUGAGGCCGCGUACGGAGCUUGCGCGUAUAUGAGGACGAAGGAUAGCACAGGGACAGUUACGAAUCCUGUGCCAGAGGAGAAGAUCAACACGCUGCAGCGGUAUCGGCGCGUGGAGCAGCUCAGACUUCAUUUUUGGAACAGAUUUAAAGUAGAAUAUGUUUCACAACUACAGCAAAAAACCAAAUGGUUUUCAUCACAUGAUCAACUAGUGGAGGGAGCCCUAGUUAUCAUCAAGGAGAAAGGGGUGCCCCCUUUAAUGUGGCUACUCGGCCGCAUAGUAAAGCUUUAUAUGGGCAAAGAUGGAAUAGCCCGAGUAGCAGAUAUAAAAACAAAACGGGGAAUAAUCAAGCGGGCAUUUAAUAAUAUUUGCCCCCUGCCCACUUCCAUGUAA